CGUUGGAGGCUUGGCUCAGUGCGCGUUGUGCCCGAGGCGCUUCCCUCGUGCUGCUGGUCUUGCAGUGCCCUGCCGCUCUGCCGCUUCGUCCGGAGGCCCGUCCCGUCCAUUUAGGGUUCAGGGGUUGCACACUCCCAUGGGAAGCGCAGUCCUCGUCCGCAGCCCGCGCCGGCCGCUUCGCAUAGUCAGAGAGCACCCCGGCAUCCCUCCGCGCGAGAGGACCAUCAACAGGUAGCCUGCCCCGGCCCGGACCACGCGCCGCCCCGCUGCCCCGCCAAGCCGGCCAAGACUCCGAGACGACUUGCAAAUCGGCCAAUCCGUUGCUUGACUCGCCGCUUCGCUGCUUCGCUGCUCGGGUCUGGUCCAAGGCACGAGUCGCCGGCUGCAGCCAGCACCACCUGCAGCACCAUCAUGAAGAACAUCAACGGCACCCCGGUGGACGUGGAGUCCCUCAAGAGCCUGGUGGGCGGCGGCCUCGGCGGCCUCGACGGCCACGCCCCCAUGGACGCCAUCAAGACGGCCCGGAGCGGCUCCAGGGCCGAGAACCUCGGCUCGGCGCACUUGCUGCCCGAGACGGUGGUGCGGCCGCGCCGCGGCAGCGCGCUGCGCCAGGUGCUCAUGUCCAUCAUCGCCAACCUGGGCACCAUCAACACGGGCAUGGCCUUCGGCUUCUCGGCCGUCGUCAUCCCGCAGCUCGUGCGCGCCGACUCGGACAUCCAGGUCGACGAGGACCAGGCGUCGUGGAUAGCUAGCUUGUCCUCCGCGUCCACCCCGGUGGGCUGCAUCCUCACGGGCUGGCUCAUGGACGCCAUCGGGCGGCGGCGCGCGCUGCUGCUGACGGAGGUGCCCUUGGCGCUGGGCUGGAUGCUGAUCGCGCUCGCGCCCGCCAACCACGGCCUCUACUUCAUCUACGCCGGCCGUCUCCUCGUCGGCCUGGGCUCCGGCAUGGUGGGCGCCCCCGCCAGGGUGUACACCGGCGAGGUGACCCAGCCGCACCUGCGGGGCACACUGUCAGCGUUCGCGUCGGUGGGCGUGUCCCUGGGCGUGCUGCUCGAGUACGCGGUGGGCUCGUGCGUCACCUGGCGAGUGCUGGCGGGCCUCUCCGCGGCCGUGCCCUCGCUCGCGCUGCUGCUCACCCUGCUCACCCCCGAGUCCCCCGCCUGGCUGGUGAGCCGCGGCCGCCACCAGGAGGCCAGGGCCGCUCUGCUCAGGGUGCGCGGCGAGGUCUGCGACGUGCAGCAGGAGCUGGACGCGAUGAGGGACUUCGCCGAGCGCAACAACGUGGUCAAGCUGGGCUGGCGAGACACGUUCAGAGAGCUGGUGAAGCCGUCCGCCAUGAAGCCGUUCCUCAUCCUCGUGGCGUACUUCGGCAUCUACCAGUUCUCCGGCGUGAACCCCAUCACGUUCUACGCCGUUAAGGUGUUCAAGGAGUCGGGCGCCUCCAUCGACCAGUACCUGGCCACCAUCCUGAUGGGCGUGGUCAGGCUCAUGUUCACCGUGGCGGGGUGCGUGGCCUUGAGGCGGUGCGGCCGCCGCCCCCUCACACUCACUUCCUCCAUCGGCUGCGGGCUGAGCAUGCUGGGCCUGGGGAGCUACAUGAUGGCGUGGGAGUUCUGGACGGCGGAGGGAGCCACCCGCACGGCCACGUGGAUCCCCGUGGCCUGCAUCUUCGCCUACACGGCCUUCUGCACCACGGGCUUCCUCAUCGUGCCCUGGGUCAUGAUCGGCGAGGUGUACCCCUCCAACGUGCGCGGCCUGGUCGGCGGCCUCACCACGUGCGCGGCGCACAUGUUCGUCUUCCUGGUCGUCAAGAGCUUCCCGCUGAUGCAGAAGCUGAUGGGGCACUCGGGCACCUUCCUGUUCUACGGCGUCGUGUCCAUCGCGGGGACCGCGUUCUUCUGGGCGCUCCUCCCGGAGACCAAGGGCCGCUCUCUGCAGGAGAUCGAAGACUACUUCUCCGGCAGGACAGAGACUCUCAAGCCCAAGAAGAACAAGAUGGAGGAGGUGGCGCCGGGCAGGGGGGCACACCAGCACAUCCUCAUCGCCCCCAAGGGCCAGGCCCUCCCCUGACGUGGUGCACCACGUGACGGCGCUGGCUAGUCAUUCAACCUCACAUCCUUCUUACAUUAUUUAUUUCUCUAUACUGAUAGAUCAUGUGCAGGAAUAUGUAACUUAAUCGACUCACGUAGUUCGACUUCGAGUAGCUACUUAAAAUUCUGAUCUCAUUUCAACGUAAUUAUUGUUUAUUGUAUAAAAAUAGUUGAUCCUCUUUGUGAUACUUUGUCAUUGGGAGAUGGGUGUUUUAAUUUAGCCUUGGGCCUAGAUGACUCCUGAAGUUCAGUGCCUGCAGACGACUUUAUAGGAUGUUCCGAUCCUGGAGUGUGUGGUCUGUCUAGCCUCCAAUGGUAAUGGUAAUAAGGCGUAGGCAACACUGCCGCAUAAGUACAUGCGUGUUCGGCGGGUUGGCCUACCCGUUCUUUCGCGGGCGCUCGGCUGGUAUACAGUUUAUUCCAGUUGUUCCAGAAAGCAAUCGCUUGCUAUUUACCGGAACGUGGAAGCGUUCAGACCUUGAUUGUGCCGUACUACUUUUUGGUUAAAAAGUUAUUAGCAGGUCAUAAUAAUAUUCAAUGAGUAAAACUUAUUCAUAACAUUUCUUUAGCUUUGAGACUUGCUUUGACCUUUUAUGACUGAGACCUGACAUGUAAUUUAUUUGUGGUAUUAGUGACAAAUAGACAGUAUUCAUCUUCCCUCAUUCAAACGUGAAAUCAGUUUGCUACCAUACCAAAAAAUGUACAUACUAAUUAUGUAACAAGAAAUUUAGGAUAAUUCGUGAUGAGUGUGCUGACAUUAUCUUCCCUUGAAUUACAGCAUUACUAUAGGUUAGUUAAAAGUGAUAAAAUGUCUACCUGUGAUUGUGCCAGUACUAAACUGCAUACAAGCAAUAUUUUCAUAGUUUACAUAGUUUCAACAAUUUGAGUGGUAUGUUUAAGUGCUUUUAAGUCAAUAUUUUAAUUUUUGUUCACAAGAUGCACUUGUUUAUAUUAGUUUUAAAUUGAGAGACCAAUGGUGAUGCUAUUUAGCAAGGCCUUCCAGCUUUGUUUGAAAUAUAAGACUAUAAAUUUCA